ACGUGUGAUGUAAAUAAAGAUGGCGGCUUCUUCUAUUUCGAGUAUUGAUGAAAAUUAUGUUUUACCGAAAACAAAUAACGUCAAACCUCAACAGAAUUUAGUUGAUAUUAUCAACCUUGAUCAUAACUACUGUAGACCGUGGUCUGAACGUGAAAAAAUUCCACAUGCGAGGCCUGCUAAGAACCUUUUCUGGCCGCAAACAGAAAAUGAGUAUGAAGAGGGCAACGAUACGACGACAUCUGAAGCGAAGAGAAAACCCGAAGACAAAAAAGUGGUUAAAGUAGAUGAGGUUAUUGAUGUUGAGACGGUUGAAGAAGAGCCACUUAAUGGGCCUGCUGCUGUUAAUAUGCAAUAUGAUGUUGUGAAGUCCAAAAUUGUGAUGUCUGAAUGUGAGAAAUAUGUUAAUAGUUCAUCCAGUAAACGAACACCUGACACUUGGGAAGAGCUCAUUUGUAGAACUGGCUGGACAACGCAACAAAAUGUACUGUUUGAUAAGAUUCUCAAGAUUGUGUCCGCAUAUCGUCUCUCAUGGCUUACAUAUCAAGGGUCGGCCAAUGAGCCAAUCCUUCGUCGGGUGGCUGUUGAUAAAGCCACAAAACGUGUCAGGCAAAUUCUAAGCAGAAUUGAAUGGGAACCUAAACUAACAACUUGGUUACACAGUUCAAUGGUUGAUGGUCUCAGUGUUCCACUGUUGACUUGUUAUUUGGAUAUUGUGCAAACAUUGCGAUCAAAGGUACCAACGCUUGUGGACAAGAUGAUUGCAGGGGGCACAAGCAAUCGCCGUGUCUCAGCUGGGGCAACAGACAAUCUUACUGCAUUAUUAAAAAGACCUUGGGAUGCCACAGUGGCACUAACAUCUUUCCAAAGACCUCAGAGAAAGAUUACAGGAACUCCUUUGUUAUUGAUUGUACCAAGCGGACCAACUACCAGUGCUUCUGGUAAUUCAACCAAACGGUCUCGCUUCUGGCACCAUCAUCUUUCACACUUUGGUAAAGUAAUCCCUGUCACAAUGCAUCUUAGUAACAGUGGUAGAGGCGUUUCUAUUGGCCAAUGUCUUGAUCACAUGAUUGGUGCUGUUCAAGCUAAAGUUCUUGAGCUAAAAAAUCACUUUCCUAACCGUCCUGUUGUUCUCAUCGGUUGGGCGACUGGAGCUUUGGUCUCUUUCCAGGUAUCAUUAAAAGAGUCUGUCUGUGCUGUUGUCUGCCUUGGUUUUCCCCUCCUGGGUGUUGAAGGAAUUCGUGGGGAAAGUGGUGAUUCUUUCCUGGAAAACAAAACUCCAACAAUGUUUGUUUUUGGUUCGUUAUCCACAUCAUGUUCUUUGCCAGAUAUUGAGGAGUUCCGAAGAAAACUGAUGUCAGAUACUAGUCUACUAGUGAUCGGAGGUGCUGAUGAUCAGCUUCGUCUCACAAGCGCGAAAAGGAAAAUGGAACGUGUGACCCAGUCUGUAGUAGACAGAAGGAUCAUGGACGAUAUUGGCGAGUUUCUUAAUCACGCUGUCUCAUCAAUGAAUGAUGACUCACAUCCACGAUUAAACUAUUUUGAUUUUGACGAUGUCGAUAAUCGACGAAAGAAACCAAAAACGGAGUAUCGGAAGCGUUCGGCCGGCGACGCGGCGGGCUCGGCAACAGCCGCCAAAAAACCUCGUGGACGAACGCCUAAAGCAGCUGAUGGAAGUGCCCCGAAGAAACCAAAAACUGUGAAAAAUGUCAAAAAGACACCUGCUAAUAAACCGGUUGCAGCAACUGGUCAAACAGGUAAAGAAUCAGCUGCUCCAGCAGCUCGACCAACCGGUGGUCUUCCAAUCGCUCCAUUACGACCGACACAUCCCACAAUUCCAGGCAGUAUCAUUCAAGGAGUCCCGCUGACCAGUGUCAGUGUGCCAAUAUCUGCAGUAUCCCGGGUAAGCAUUCCCGGGGUACGUUUAACUGGUGUAAAUAUUCCUGUUUCUGGUGUCAAUGUCCCGGUAUCUGCUGUAAUAAAGCAAGGCUCAUUGGGAGGUAGGUCUUUCGUGUUCCCAGGAGCGGCGAGUAUAUCCCCGGGGGUAGCGACCACCGGAAUAACGACAGUGGGGACUGCGGGGAGCACCCAUCACCUAAAGAUUGUGGUCAAUCCUAACACAGAUGGAGGGAUAAAGGUCGCUGGUGCCCCUACUAAACCUGGCCUAUCAACUCCAUCGACAAUGCAGUACAGGACUGCUCUUGUGACUUCCCCCCUCCCAAAUAAAACCCCUGCUCCUAUUAAACCACCGACAUCUGUGUCUCCCCAGAUUUCUACCACCCCCCAAGCAGCACUGAUAACAUCAUCGGCUAUAACAUCUGCUCUGACGUCGUCAUUAUCAUCAAAUUCUACAAAUGCUCCAUCAACAUCUGGCUCUAAACCAAUCGUUGUGUCUCGUACUAUUGUCACCGUCCCAAAGGCAGCAAUUGUCAGCGGACAAUCUCAAUUCGUCAUGCACCAAGGACAGUUAUCUGCCGUCAGUAAACAGCUCACCUCUGAGCAACCUGGGACGCAAGUCUCACGGAUUCUUACCUCAACUAGCAAAGCUCAAACAACAAGCUCCGUACCCAAACAAACUGUUCGCGUGAGUCACGCAGGAAGCUCUCAGACAGGCACGAAUCUCGUGAAGAAAGCUACGACACCUCAAACCAUGGCACGCACCAUUCAGGUUGGAGUAAAACGAACAGUGACUUACAACCCUUCAUCAUCAUCGAAAACCGUUACGGUCGCGUCAAGAUCUCUUCCGUCCGAAGCUCUUACAACUCAUGCUUCUAACGUUAGCGCCAUGAAUAUUGCACGGUUGAAGGCGAAACUGAAGUCAAUAAGCGGUCUUCAAACAGGAAAUUUAACUGGUGCAAUGCAGUUGACCACUUCACAAACCUUGACCAACCUUUCUGCGCAAAUCGUUCAAUCUCGAAACGUUGAACAAUCGUCAAAACAACCAGGAGACGCUGCCCAGAUUACUUCAAAGGUGCUAACUCUGGCUGAUCCGCGCGUAUCCAGUCUGGUCACCUCGGCCCAGGUUACUCCAAAGCUGAAUACCCCAACUAUAGCGACGUCUAUCGUCACCCAAACCACGACGACAUCGAAAGUGCAAAGUAUGACGUCUUCUACUGCAGUUACAGUACCAAAAUCAAAGUCUCAGAAUGAUGUUCCAUCACCGCCGUCAACAGAGACUUGUUCAUCAUCAAUUCAGUCCUCUUCUUCAUCCUUGAAGCCUGGGACGAAGUUAAUUCCUUCAACAACAGAGAAACAAUCAACUGAGCAUUCUGUUCCCCGGGAUUCUUCUAAAUCAAGUCUUCCUUCCGAUGUGAAAUUGACCGCACAGCCUCUGGCGAAACCAACGACGCAUUUCAUACAAGUCCCCGCUUCUGCUAAAUCAAUCACGCAGAAUAUUUCCAAACUAAACAACCCAUCUUUAAACACGAAACGCGCGCAGAUUCCAAGUCGAGUCAACACGCAGUCGCCCCAACUCCCGACUUCAACCCCGGCCGCCAGCAUAUCACGUGCUACAAACGUGACUACGAUAGCUCUUCCAUCUAAGAAAGAAGACGCGAUAACAGAACCAGUCGCGAGAAGCGAGAAUAAAGAAAGCGAACAAACGAAUUCUGGUUCUAUGGAUUCGUGUCCUACGCUGGAAUCAAAGUCUGACGACGAAAAGUUGGUUGAAAAAAUUAACAGCAUCGUGAAAGAUGUUGUAAAUAGUAAGCAAAGAACAACUAGACAAUCUGUUCGUCGUCUCGUUGCUGCAGCCAGGCUAGGUGAAGGGCAAGAAAAACAAGAAGACAGCAGUGACAGCAAUAAAGAACAGAAUAAAAAGUAACUUUAUUAUUUAUGUUGUUACA